CACUUCCUGUGUUCUGUAGCGGUGUAGCUCUCACUGACAGCUGCAGCAGUUCAAGGUGCAAUCUUAACAGGCGACCAUUAGCCUCAUCUUCUGUCCAAAGAGGACCUUUGAUUUAAUACAGGACUUGGAGCUGUCGGCGAACCGAUGAAAGUUUUCAUCACGAGGCGCAUCCCGCAGGAGGGGCUGAAGAUCCUGUCCUCAGCAGGAGUCUGUGAGGUGUCUCAGUGGGACUCUGAUGAACCUAUCCCCAGGACAGAGCUUCUCCAGGGAGUUCAGGGAGUUCAUGGUCUGCUGUGUUUGCUGUCUGACCAGGUGGAUGCAGAGGUUCUAGAUGCUGCAGGUCCAAACCUGAAAGUAAUCAGCACCCUGUCUGUGGGAUUUGACCACCUGGCUCUGGAUGAGAUCAAAAAGCGUGGGAUACGUGUCGGAUACACUCCCGACGUCCUGACCGACGCCACUGCAGAGCUGACCGUGGCUCUGCUGCUCGCCACCGCUCGCAGAUUGCCGGAGGGCGUGGAGGAGGUCAAAAGUGGCGGCUGGAGCUCGUGGAAGCCUCUCUGGCUGUGUGGUUACGGUCUGUCGGGCAGCACUGUAGGAGUCAUCGGACUCGGACGCAUCGGGAUGGCAAUAGCUAAGAGGCUCAUGCCCUUUGGAGUGAAGCGGCUGCUGUAUUCUGGGAGAUCAGCCAAACCACACGCUGCAGAAGUGAACGGAGAGUUCGUUCCCCUGGAUACACUUGUGUCUGAGAGCGACUUCAUCGUUGUUUCCUGCUCGCUGACACCAGAAACCCAAGGCCUGUGUAGCAAAGCUUUCUUCGGCAAGAUGAAAAAAACGGCGGUCUUCAUCAACUCCAGCAGAGGARCUGUGGUGAACCAGGAGGAUCUGUACGAGGCUUUGAGAAGUGGACAGAUCGCUGCAGCCGGACUGGAUGUCACGACCCCCGAGCCCCUUCCAACGAACCACCCUCUUCUUACACUGAAAAACUGCGUCAUAUUACCACACAUCGGCAGCGCCACUUACUCCACAAGAGGUGUCAUGUCAGAUUUGGCUGCUCGAAACCUGCUGGGAGGCUUGCAGGGCUCAGACAUGCCCAGCGAACUCAGCUUUUAAAUGACACCGACGUGCCUUCUGUCCCCACUGGCCCUGAAUGGAUGACAGAGAAAAGUAACGUAUAACAGAGAAGAAGUAGAAAGGAAAACUAACACUUGAUGUGCAGGAACCAGUUUGGGUGUCUUAAAAAGUUCAUUUCACUUCGACACACUUAAUACUGAGUUACUUUUGUAAUAAAGAAGAAGCAAUUUGAGGAAGGAAACUACUUUUUUUUGGUCAUUUUGUCUGUUUUAGUUCUUAGAAAAAGAGGCUAAUGAACCGAGAAGCAGCACAUUUUUGUUUUUCAUCAAGUUCAAUACCAAUCUUUGUAGAAAAAAAUAGCCAAAAUAGAUAAAAGGCUUUAUUUUUUUUUCUUAUCUACUUUCAAUGUGAUGCUUAAAAAAACGAGUCUUACAUGUUCUGAUCAGCACUUUAUUUUACUUUUUAAUGCUCUAAGUCUGCACUCACUAAACCCUCAAUCACCCCAGUUUGAUAUCAAGCAUAAAUAUACUUCCAAAAAAUGUAUUUUUUUUAUUAAAUUACCCCUUGAUAAAAACACAUUAAUAAAAUUUACCAAAUACA